AGCGGUUGGCAGAUCUUCAGUGCUGCUGAGACAUAAAGUGAAAAGAAAUAUACCAAAGUUGUUCUUCCACUUCUAAUGUAUGAAGGUGCUUCUGGUGUCUUACGUUGAUUAUUUUAUUCGUUCUUUUCUAUUCGUCUCGUUGUUCGUUGGUGUGGAUUAAUUGGUUUCGUGUCGUUAACCAUAUCAGUUCGAUUAUUCGAUAAACCAUGACGGCUUUUUCGCCAACUACUUGUGUAUUCGUAUUAUCGGUAAUAGCUGCUGUAAGCAGUCAGAAAGAAGAAUUCAGAUGUCCAGACGAAUAUGGAUUCUAUCCACACUCUCAAUCUUGCGAUAAAUAUUGGAAAUGUGACGGUAACGUCGCCGAGUUGAAAACCUGCGGUAAUGGAUUAGCUUUCGACGACACCGAUCCAAAAUUCUUGAAGGAAAAUUGCGAUUACCAACACAAUGUCGAUUGUGGCGAAAGGAAAUUACUUGAACCACCAGUGAGCACACCACACUGUCCAAGACUGUACGGUAUUUUCCCCGAUGAAUCGAAAUGCGACGUUUUCUGGAAUUGUUGGGGCGGUGAAGCCAGCAGAUACCAAUGUUCACCAGGUCUAGCUUACGAUCGUGAAUCUAGAGUUUGCAUGUGGGCUGACCAAGUUCCAGAAUGUAAAGUCGAUGAAGUCGCAAAUGGAUUUAGUUGUCCAGCUGCCGGUGAAGUUACUGCUUCAGGAACCUUCUCCAGACAUCCUCAUCCAGACGACUGCCGUAAAUACUACAUUUGCUUAGAAGGAACUGCUAGGGAAUACGGAUGUCCUAUUGGUACAGUUUUCAAAAUUGGCGAUGCUGAUGGUACUGGUAACUGCGAAGAUCCCGAAGAUGUUCCUGGAUGCGAAGACUACUACGGAGAUUUAGAUUUGAAAACAAUCAGAAAAAGCGAACUCCAUCUAGGACUUAGCAAAAGCGGUAGCUCGUCAGCAGGUAACAACAACAAUACACCACCUCCAGCUAAAAGCAGCAGCUCUAAGCCGAGACCAGUUGUAUCGCAAGCACCCCCACAAAGAACCCAACCAAGCGCUCUUAAUACGCAAAGAAAUAAUCAACUAACGCCUAAAGACGCCGUUUACGACGAAGAAGCCAUUUAAAUAAAUCGGCGAUCGUAUUUAUUUUGAAAAAUACUACCUAUUAAAAACGAAUGAUCUUUAAAAAAAUUUUCUAAUCCAUCAUUUUUACGUUUUUUUCCACCCGGAACGCUGGUAGAUGGUCAGUUUACAAUGUCAGAUAUCGUGAUUUUUAUAUUGUUCUACGUAUAUAUGAUUUUUUAGAUUAAGUUCUUUUUUUUUUAAUGAAAAUUUUGUGUUUUUAUGUGAGUGUGUGUACAUGUGAGUGUAUUUUUUUUCUCUUUUAAUUCAGAGUCGUGUUAAUGUGCUUUUACUUUUUGUUAUUUUUACAUAAGCAAGUCUGAAACAAUUAAUUUUAUAUACCUACUUGGUUAUUUUAUGAUAUCUUGUCGUUAAUUUCUCUCUAUUUUUAUAAUCUAAGCAUUUUUUUUCCUUUUUCUAUCCGACCUGAUAUUAAUACUCAUGUAAAAUUAUAUAAUUAGGCCUUUAAAGUAGGAUAUAAUCUAGUUGUAACAUUUUUUUUUCUCUUAUGAGUGUAAUCAAAACAAUCAAAAUUUUUAAACAAUCGUGUUCGUGUAUUACGAUGAUAAAUUUUCAAGCGUUUUCAUAAGAUAAACUUUUGUAUAUUUUCAAAAAAAAAAAAAAUUAUUAGCUUUUUUUUAUUACGGCCUGAUUAAGUAUUAUUUCGACGAUUUUUAAUUUUUAUAUAGGUACCAUGAAAAAUCAACGUCAAGUUCCAACGUUCUCAUAACUUUUCUUCUUCUUUUAAUGUAAAUAAUUUAUUGAAUAAAUUUAUUUUGUAAAAUAUACAUUAUUUUAUGUUG